CUUUAAGUGACAAUGUUGUCAGCCAGCUGUCCGGCAGCGCUCCGCCCCCCUCAACCCCACCAUUCCCGGCCGGGUCCUCACUCACACAGCCAGUCUCGUCGAAUUCCCAGUCCUCCUCCAUAAUCAUCACAUAGUGUCCUCUACCCUCUCAUUAUCCUUCAGCCCUUCCCCCUCCUCUCCUUCCACCUAUAUGCCCACCCUCCCCCUCCAUUCCUCUGCUGCCUCCUACUCCUUUCCAUCAUGCCCACCUAUUCUCCAGUCAUGCUGUCCAGUGUUCUCCUUCUAACACCCCCUCCCCCUUAGUUGCUGCUCCAUUAUCUCAGUGGCACAGGCACUGUUAGUGUUUUACUUCCAUGACCGGCGAGGGGCGGUCAAGUUCCCGGGGAUGUGGAUUAGCUGAUGAGCACACUUCAUUUAAUAAUUCCUGUCUGUCUUCGAAAAAAUUUAAGGUGUAUGAGUGCAUCCAUUUCCAGACUCGGUGUCCUUGGUGAUUUGGAUCUGUCUCACAACACUUCGUCUCUGCAAACACCAUGCGCCCAAUAACUAAAGACUGAGAGAAGUUGUGAUUCCAGAGGGAGUUGUGGGAAUGGCUGGACACUUCCGCAGCUAUGUUUGGGAUCCCAUUCUCAUUGUGUCUCAGAUUAUCCUAAUGCAGUGCAUCUACUACAGCUUCUUAGGCAUCUGGUUGGCUGUGGUGGACAGCCUGGUGCAGAAUGGUCGAUCACUUGAUCAAAUAUUUAGUUAUGAGGUGUUGGGGUUUUCCACGGGUCAGGGGAGACUUUCAAUGAUGGCCUUUGUCCUCAAUUCGCUCACAUGCGCACUUGGUUUGUGGUAUUUUAUCCGGAGAGGAAAGCAGUGUUUGGAUUUCACCGUGACUGUCCAUAUCUUCCACUUUAUGGGCUGUUGGAUCUAUAAUUUGCACUUUCCCACAGCACUGACCUGGUGGCUGGUGAACACUGUGUGCAUUGCCCUGAUGGCAGUGAUAGGUGAGUACCUGUGCAUGCGGACAGAGCUGAGAGCCAUUCCUGUGAACGCUGGGCCCAAAUCUAACCUGUGAGCACAGCUUCUUGGAUUUGUCUAGUCACGACUGAAACUGCUGCAGCAACCAGUGUUAAAAUGGAUUGUGACAACUUCUAUCUCAAUGUUAACAAGACUUGGUGCACAUGUGUUUUUGUCGCCGUAUAUAACCCUUCUGGAUAAAAGAGUCCUUUGUUUCUAUCAAGCCUUUCUACGCAUGGAACUUUCUGGAUUUCGGUGGAUGGAGUUGGUGUUUGGUGACGGAGAUCACAAGCAAGAGACGUAUACAGUUGUAUAAACCGAUCUAGAUCUGGAUUCACUGGGGUUUCCUUCCAGUCAGAUUUACUGAGAGUCUGUUGUGCUGCUUUUAUUUCUAAGAGACCCCCACAUACUGGAUUGCUCCAACAUUUUUCUCUGAUUUGUCUUUGCCUGAUCUAAAUUCCCUUUUACAUUUGACAUUGAACUUGUGCACAGACUAAUUAUCUGCAAACUAGAAACCUGUGUCUCAAAUAUCCAUUCAAUAAGAAGUGUUGACUCUGUCAUCAACUGACCCCUGGAAUCUAUUGUAACACUGGAUGUGUCUGGCAUUGCGUAGAUAAGCAAAAAAUUAAGCAUAUCUUGUUUUGAUAUUGACAUGUUAUCUCCUAACUAGUGUAAGAUGGUUUUAAUUAACUGGUAAAGGCACUUUGAAAGGCUGGUCCUGGAUCUGAGGACUGAUACCUAUGCACAGUCCAGACUCUAGUGCCAUGUUUAAUUAACAUGGUAUGCAGCUUGAUCUCUAUUUUGUUUAAAAGACAAUGAGGAAUAAAUCUAUUGCAGUGCUUAAAUAUAAACUUUUUAGUUCUUGGUUCCAAUCACUUCUUGCAAAGAUAGUGGGCUCUGACUACAUUAGGCAUAUCUGUCACCAUCUGAUUUCCACAUCCUACGUGAUGAUUCUUGUUAGGGUUUGGUCACCAGUCAAGUCAUGAUGGAAAUUUGGGCAGUGAUGUUGAAGAGCUGUUCAAGGGAUCUUCUACCUGUGUUUAUUGGAUGCAUCUCAUUUCAUUAACUGCGCGUAAUAAUCCCCAAAAUCAAAGAAAUAGACACAUUAUAAAAAAGGUUUUUUGUUUGUGCUGUAUCUAGAUUUGAUCACUGCCUCCAACAGUUUUCAUAAUGUUUGAGAAAUGGGCUCUUGCAUCUGUUGUGUGAAAUAGAGACAUUCACUGCUAUGUUAUUGCCUGUCAGGACUUUCCACAUAAUGAGUUGCACCUUGGUAGGGGGGGUUAGUCAUUUUAAUAUCAGUAAGAGUAACAGGCAUGAAAAUCAUAGACUCUGAAAUGUGAUGUAAGGAAAUUGUGUUAUGGAGCAUGUGAAUUGUAAAUAAUAAAUCAACUGAAAAAAUUAGGAGCCCCAGUAGUAUCUAAAGAAAGAUAUAAUUUGAAAAAUGGGAUGAGAAAAGACCAUUCAUCUCCCCAAAGUUCAAAGUAAAUUUAUUAAAGUCUGUACAUGUUACCUUGAGAUUCAUUUUCUUUCGGGCAUUAACAGAAAAAAGAAAUACCUAAACAAACACUGGCAAACAACCAAUGUGCAAAAGAAGACAAACUGUGCAAAUAAAAAUAAUGCUGAAGACAUGAGCUGUAAAGAAUCCUUGAAAGUGAGUCCGAAGGUCAUAGAAUCAUUUCAGAGUAGUGAUGAUUGAAGCCUGAUAGUUGUAGGAUAACUUCCUGAAACUCUGUGUCUGUCCUAAGGCUUCUAUAUUUCCUGCCUGACAUCAUUCCAUCGUAUCAUUGCUGAUCUCUGCCUCAAUACUUACAACUCCUGUUAGUCUUUUCCAGUAGAAGCUUAGAGGUAAGUUUCAGUUAACCCACCACAACCAGUAUUUGUGUUCCAGGUUCUUCCUCCUUCCUCUUUGUGAUAUAAAACCAAAAAAAAAAGUUUCCAGGUUUAAAUCCUAAUAGAAUUUAAUUUUGAUUGUUUCCCCAGUUCUAUAUGCCCUCAGUGAUUUCUUGCUUCCAACAGCUCUCCUAAUUCAUAAGCUUUUCUUCAGUCUUCCUCGGUUGGCUUGCUUUCUGCAUUGUUUUGAUCAUCGUGACUGUUUAAUCACACAAUGAAACCUUUGCCUUUUAGCAGUAUAAUUGGUUUUGUACUGUACAAAAACUCAAGCGGUUCCCAUUGUUUUAACAGCUUAACUUUCAAAAGAAUGAUAUCUAAAAUAAAUUUGAUCAGUUGACCUUUUCCCCUGUUGAGUUAAUAGUGAUCACUUUAUUGUCUGUCUAAAUUCUGGCUUGUGAUUCAAUACUAAAUCCCAUAUAAUCUACUCAUGUAUUGGUUGGAAGACAGGUUCUAGAAGUGCAUUGCCUUUGAGUUGCUUUGCUUCUGCCAGAUACAUAAUAUGAACAUUCAAAGUCUCCCAUAAAUGGAGAAAAAGCAGCUCUCGAGGAUGGCUUUAAUUUCAGUACAUGUAGGUUGCCUGAUAAAAUCUCCUUAUUAACUGUAAUCUCCUUAUUAACUUUAAUCUUAAUUUUUCUUCUGAAAUAAUUAUCCAACUUUUUUAUUUUAAAGGGAGUUGCCCCUGAGGAAAUUGUAAAUAACAUGAGAAUAUUCUGAACAGUUAGCUCUUUCAAAGUUCAAAGUAAAAUUAUCAAAGUACGUGUAUGUCACCAUAUACAACUGUGAUAAUUCAUUUCUUUUGGCCAUAAGCAACAAAUCUUUAAAGUAAUAACCAUAACAGAAUCAAUGAAAGACCACCCAGUUUGGGUGUUCAACCAGAGGGCAGAAGAUGACAAACUGCAAAUAUAGAAAGAAAGACAGUAACAAUUAAUAUUGAGAACCUGAGAUGACAAGUCCUUGAAAGUGAAUGGAUUGGUUAUGGAAUAUUUCCAUGAUGAGGCAAUUAAAGUUGAGUGAAGUUAUCCCCUUUCGUUCAAGAGCCUGAUGGUUGAUGAGUAGUUACUGCUUCUGAACCUGGUGGUGAGAGUCCUGAGAAUCUUGUACCUUGCCCCUGAUGGCAGUAGUGAGAAGAGAGAAUGUGCAAGGUGGUGGGGGUCCUGAUGAUGGAUGUGCUGAAUGUAGGGAAGGGCUUUACCUGUGAUGGACUGGGCUGUAUCCAUUACUUUUUGUAGGGUUGUCCAUACAAAGGCAUUGGUGUUUCCAUACUAGGCUGUGAUGCAGCCAGUCACUAUACUCUCCACCACACAUUGAUAGAAGUUUAUAAAAGUUUUGUAUAUCAUGCCAAAUCUUCACAAACUCGUAAGGAAGUGGCAGCACUGCUGUGCUUUCUUCAUAAUUGCACUUAUGAGCUGGCCCAGGGCAGAUCCACUGAAAUAACACCGAGGAUUUUAAAAUCACUCCUCUCCACCCUCUGAUGACCCAAUGAAAACUGGUUCAUGGACCGCCUGUUUCCUCUUCCUUAAGUCAAUAAUCAGCUCCUUGUUCUUGCUGACAUUAAGUAAGAAGCUUUGGUUAUGGCACCACUCAGCCAGAUUUUCGAUCUCCGUCUGACAUGUUGAUUCAUCACCUCCUUUGAUUAGCCUACGACAAUGGUGUCUCUGACAAACUUGACCCAUUUCAUUAUGUUUGCACUUACUUCAAUUACCUUUUCAUCUCAUCAGUUAUGUUCAUUUGCUGCAUUACAAUAAUUAAAAAUAUUUGUAUUGUUAAUGUAGUUAAAUAUAACUCUGUCUAUCCUAAUGUAAGUGUGGCAACUGAAUUUGAUAUGAUAAAUUUAAGCUUGUUGUUA